AUGCUGUUUUGGCUGGUCCUUGUGUCUGCUACCGGAAUUACAGCAAUAUGCUCUUUCUCCUUUGUUAACCGGUAUCUGUCGUUUAAACGGCACAAAAAUACGAUCCCGUUUACGCUGGCAAUCUUACUGCUGAAUAUGUGGAUUCUUUUAUCAAUUACCUAUCUUUUGCCGCUGGAUGUGUUUUACGCGGCAAGGGCGUCGUCAAUAGAGCAUUCUGAAGAUCCCACGGGAUCUCAGGUGCGUCGUCAGACCUCAAGUUUGAAUGCCCCGAAUGUUAAAAACCUCAAUUCAUGGGGAAUUAGAGACCUGCAGUCUUUCGAUCAAAUGCCCGAUGUAUCUCUAUUGUGGUACAUUAUUUACUGGUCUGAAUUUGCCAUAUGUUGGUUUAUACUGCCCGUUUUGAUCUCGUAUUUGGAUUUGAAAUACCUCUUCCCCGCACAAGCAGACGCUUCACAACAGAGACCGGUUUUGAAUAGGGUAAAGAAAGCUAUUAUCACCAAUUUCAAAUUUUAUGCUCUCUGUGCGCUCGGCUUGAUUGGCGGUAUCAUUUAUUUGGAAUUUGGUGCCAAACGAGGCCUAGCAGAUUUGAAGCCCUUGAUCAUUUCGCUUUCUCAUCUUUAUUCACUAUCAUACACUUUGAUUUUACUCUCGAUGGGUCUCAUUCUACUUCCCAAAGACAUUCUUCUGGAAAAUGAUGAUGAAAAUAAAUUGUUCGUGGAGCUGAGUAAGAGCAACGAUGAAUCCAACGAUGCCAGGUUAGCUCUCACUGAAUAUGCCACUAAAAUUCUAUCAAUGGCCGAAGUGAGAAAUGGAGAUGUUGUUUUGAACCAGGCUUUGAACGAAUGUAAGCUGGAAGUGCAGUCUUUAGUCAAUGAGAAACAAAUCCAGCUGCCCGUGACCAGUCGCAGGGAUCAGUCCCCCUCCACUUUGAACAAGCUAAAUGAACGUUUCAACGCCUUUAAGACCGAGUACUUCAAUUACCUGUAUUAUCAGACCAAAUCAGACCGCAUCAUUCACAGCCUUGCGCAAUCACAAGUGGAGCCGGUAUCCUGGACUAAGAAGCUUGGGAAAUGGGUUCUCGGACUAUUGUGCCUGGCUCUUUCGUGUCUAGUAGUUUUUUUGGAAUUGACGCCUUCUCGUUUCGCUCAUGACAAGCUUUUCGAAGGCAGCGGCUGGUUUAACUUUUUGCUCGAAAUAUCGAUUCUCGUGUACAACACGCUGGCCUCCCUGUACGCGAUGAGCUGUUUCAAGUUUGCUAAUUUGCACCUGAUACCCAAUGGACAGAGUAGUCCUCAAAACGCGCUUUACUUCUCGCUCUACUCAAGCCGGCUCUUGCUACCGCUCUGCUUCAACUUUAUCACUUUGAUCUCCCAUGCAAGCGGAAUACAGGAGUGCGGCUUCGAAAAAGUACUGUAUAGCGAUUUGAAGCUCAUCCCACUUGUUGAUAUCCUCAACAGAUACUUACCUGUGAUCUUCAUCAUUGCCGUGCCUGUGGGCUAUUUCUUCGAUCUCAAAAACAGAGUUCUCAUCAAAAUUCUUGGCAAAGAAUACUGCUAUGAGCUUUUUGGCAUACUUCCCGACCCUGCCAACCCGGACGGUGGGAAUUCCCAGAUUUCGCAGCCAGUAGUGCCUGCUACUAUCAACCGUUCUCGUUUGGACGAAGAUUAUGAAUAUUCGCUCCAGGACGGCAGAUUUCUUUUCCAAAGAGCAACCAACAAUCAUCGCAUGGUUGAAAGCAACACAGCCCCGGAACAACGGGUUUAUAUUUGA